UUCACCAGCUUUCUGAUGUGGUCAUCCCUCUUCCCCCUUUUGUCUUCCUCUCUCUUUCUUUCUCAAUAUUUUCAAGAACCCUCCAUUUCCAUUUCAAUUUCAAUACCCAGAUCUCAAAUCUCAUAUUAAACCACCUCUUCGUCUUCUUUAUCUUUCCAUUCAUUCUUGGGUUUAGCAUAGAACUGUUCUAGUGUCCUCCAUUGUUAGUUGAAAUGCUGGAGUCAAUUGGAGAAGAAGGAAUGUAGAAAGAGAAGAAGUUGUUUCUUCCUGUUUGAUCCUUUCCAGCUUCUCGCUGCAAUAGGCAAAACAGAUUUUGGAUUGUGUCUUUAUGGUUUAUAUGAAUGGCUGGAAAAAUUAAAGGGAUUUAUAAAAGCUUCAAGUAUAUAACCCAAAUCUUUGUUGUGAAGGAAAGAGAGAUGGAAAUUGGGUAUCCGACAGAUGUGAAACAUUUAGCACAUAUUGGAUCGAAUGGAUCAUCUGGCAAUGCUCCAAGUUGGAUGAAUGAAUUCAAGACAACAUCCCAAUUCUCUGCAACUUCAAUAGGUAACAUUCAUCGCACAGGAGACUCCAAUACAGCUAUCUCAACAUGGUCAUCUCAAGAUUUUCAAACUAUGGAUAGAGAACCAAUAGAAGAUCAACUAUUCAAGGAUGUUGUUACUGAUAAUAUCCCCAAUAAGAAGCAGAAACGAAAGAAAUCAAAGUCUGCAAAAUGCAAGUUCGUCGAAGAAAAUGGAAGACAUGAAAGCAUAGAAGUUAUGUAAGACCGAAAUUGGCGAUUGUUUGAAAGGGAAUCGACUUGUUUCCUAAAGUUUUAAACAAACAUUAUUGUGACUUGUUUCUAUCUGCUUGUUUUCUAUGAAAAAAUGCAACUUUCUUAUCAUCAUUUGUGAUGAUAAUUGAAGUUUUU